AUGGAAUUUUUAACCUUUCCUUCAGAGAAGCACUGCUUUACUGAAUUACUUGAUUCCAGUAAUGGAGAAGAAGAAAAAAUGUUAGCAUGUGAAGAAGAUUUAGAGAUGAAUCCUUUUGAUGGUUUGCCAUAUUCUUCCCAUUAUUAUGAACUUCUGAAAGAAAGAGAAGAACUUCCAAUAUGGAAAGUAAAAUAUGCUUUCAUGGAAAUUCUGCUUCAUAAUCAAAUUGUGAUUGUAUCAGGAGAUGCUAAAAGUGGCAAGAGCUCCCAGAUUCCUCAGUGGUGUGCUGAGUAUUGCCUUUCUGUCCAGUAUCGAUAUGGAGGGGUAGUCUGCACACAGGUGCACAUGCAGACAGCAGUCUGGUUGGCACUACAUGUAGCUGAUGAGAUGGAUGUCAACCUUGGCCAUGAAGUGGGUUAUGUCAUCCCAUUUGAAAGCUGCUGCACCACUGAAACAAUCCUGAGAUACUGUACAGAUGACAUGUUACAAAGAGAAAUGAUGUCCAUUCCUCUUUUGAGCAGCUAUGGGGUCGUCAUAUUAGAUGAUGUUCAUGAAAGAACAGUUCCAACAGAUGUAUUAAUUGGACUUCUUAAAGGUGUUUUGCUAUCAAGACCAGAGCUGAAGUUGGUAAUAAUUACAGCCCCUCAUAUGUCCAGCAAACUUCAAGACUAUUACAGUAGUGCGCCCCUCAUAAGGGUGGAAAACAAACAUCACGUAGAUGUUGUAUACACUUGUACCAUUCAAAAAGACCAUUUUCUCUCUGCUUUAAGACUGCUCUUUGAGAUACAUCAUACAAAAGAAAGGGGUGAUAUUGUGGUCUUUCUGGCAUGUGAACAAGAAAUUGAAAAAGCCUACCAAAUCAUCAGGCAAGAGGGGUCUAAUUUAAAUCCUGAUCUUGGAGAAUUGGUCCCAGUUACUUUAUAUCCUAGACAAAAAGAAGUAAUUUUCAAAGAAAAUGAAGAUGAAGAAAAAUGUUGCAAAAAUUACAAAAGAAAAGUGCUACUAACCACAAGUUUUGGAGAAUCUUUGGUUUGGAUCAAGACUGCAACUUUUGUCAUCGAUGUUGGUGUGGAGAGAAGAAAGGUUCAUAAUCCUAGAAUCAGAGCAGACUCUAUAAUAAUGCAGCCCAUCAGUAAAAGCCAAGCAGAGAUGCGCAAGCAAAUUCUGGGCACGUCUUCAUCAGGAAAGUUAUUCUGCUUGUACCCUGAAGAAUUUACAUACAAGGAAAUGAAACUACACUCGCAAGCCAAAAUACAGGAAUCCAAUCUAACUAGCAUGGUUCUUUUUCUGAAGAGGAUGGCUAUAGCAGGCUUGGGCCAUUGUGACUUCAUAAAUAGGCCAGCUCCUGAAAGCCUGAUGCAAGCUUUGGAAGAUCUAGAUUAUUUGGCAGCCCUAGAUAACUAUGGAAACCUUUCUGAAAUUGGAAUAAUUAUGUCAGAAUUUCCUCUGGACCCACAGCUGUCAAAGUCGAUUUUAGCUUCCUAUGAAUUCAACUGUGUAGACGAAAUGCUCACUAUUGCUGCCAUGGUAACAGCUACUAAUUGCUUUUCACGCCCCCCACCUGGAACUGAAGAAAUUGCUCUUACAUGCUGGCGAAAAUUCUCGCACCUUGCAGGGGACCACUUUACUCUUAUCAAUGUCUUCAAGGCCUACAAAGAAACCAUUGCAAAUUCCACGAGCCAGUACUAUGAUGUUGAGAAGUGGUGUCGUGAUUAUUUCCUGAACUGUUCAGCACUGAGGAUGGCAGAAGUUAUCAGAGCUGAAUUAGCAGACAUUAUAAAGUGCAUAGAACUUCCCAUUUCAAAACCUGACUUUGGAUCAAAAGAAAAUAUAUUAAACAUAAAGAAAGCUCUUUUAUCUGGAUACUUUAUGCAAAUUGCUCGUGAUGUAGAUGGCUCGGGAAACUACUUAAUGUUAACACACAGGCAAAUAGCUCAGCUUCAUCCCUUCUCAGCAUAUUACAACACCAGGCGGAUUCCUGAGUGGGUGUUAUUCCAUGAAUUUUGUAUAUCAGAAAACAAUUGUAUAAGAGUCGUCUCCGAGAUAUCACCUGAUCUAUUUGUGGAGCUGGCACCUCAAUAUUAUUUUAGCAAUCUGCCUCCUAGUGAAAGUAAGGAUAUUCUGCAGGAAGUAAUAAAUCAUUUAUCACCCGUUUCAACAACAAAGGAGGAACAGAAAACAAAUGGCAAAGACAAAGAAUAUGAAAAAUAUCCACAAACUCCGGCUGAACAAAGAUGCAUUAUUCAAUGACUUUGAUAUCCAACUACAUUCAGGCAAACAGUAUGUGCAAUGUAU